UGCCUCCCCCGGUGUAAAGCCUGACGAUGUGUCACUGCCAAUAAUGCUUAUCGCUCAAUCACGCGUCCCACCCCUACCGGGGCAGCUGGGAAUGCCUGGUCAAAGUCAGAUAUUCACAAAAACGGCACUCUUUCCUCCGGUUUCUGACAGCAAAGAUCAGGCAGUGACGGAUCCGUAUAAAACUAAACCAAUCGUCGCAAAACAUGGCUGCCAUCCACAGUUCAAACACAGAGUUUGCCUUGGAGUUGUUCCGGACAGUGAGUCAAGCGAAUCCCACUGGGAAUGUCUUCUUCUCCCCCCUGAGCAUCAGUUCGGCUCUGGCCAUGGUCUACCUGGGCGCUAGAGGAGACACCGCUGCCCAGAUGGGAAAGGCUCUCCAGUUCAGCUCCAAUAAAGGUGUCCAUGCAGAUUUCCAAACACUUAAUGCUGAAAUCAACUCCCCAUCUGCAUUAUACACCCUGAAACUGGCCAACCGCCUGUAUGGAGAAAACUCAUCGAAGUUCCUUCCUGAAUUCCUGGAAGCCACUCUGAAGUACUACCAGGCCGACCUGAAGGCUGUAGAUUUUAUUGGAGCUCCGGAGGCGUGCAGGGUGGAGAUCAACACCUGGGUGGAGGAGCAGACGGAGAAUAAGAUAAAAGAGCUUCUAAAGCAAGGAUCCGUCACUCCAAUGACGAGACUGGCUCUGGUCAAUGCCAUUUACUUCAAGGGAAGCUGGAAGAGCCGCUUCAUUGUUGAAAACACCAAGGAGAUGCUCUUUAAGGUCAACCAGAAUGAGACUAAACCGGUCCAGAUGAUGUACCAGAUGCACAAGCUUCCUUACAACUACAUCCCGGACCAUGGUCUGCAGAUCCUGGAGCUGCCGUAUGUAGACGAAGAGCUGAGCAUGUUCAUCCUGCUGCCUGUGGAGUCCCAGGAUGGAUCCGACCCCCUGUUGAAGUUGGAGAAGGAGCUGACCCAAGAAAGGCUGAACCAAUGGACCAACAGGGAAAACAUGGACAUCCACUCAGAAGUCCUCAUUCAUCUGCCAAAGUUUAAGCUUGAGGAUGAAUAUGAGCUGAACGAGCCUUUGGCCAAAAUGGGCAUGACAGAUGUAUUCUGCUCAGGGAAGGCUGAUCUGUCUGGGAUGAAUGAAGGAGGAGGGCUUUUUCUCUCAACGGUGGCUCACAAGGCCUUUGUGGAGGUGAACGAAGAGGGCACGGAGGCCGCUGCCGCCACAGCUGGAAUGGUGGCUUUCUGCAUGCUGAGAGAGGAACACUUCAGAGCUGAUCAUCCAUUCCUCUUCUUCAUCAGGCAUAACAAGACGAGGUCCAUCCUUUUCUUUGGCAGGUUCUCCUCUCCUCAGUAGACAUAAAAGAUGUGGUUCAGUUUGAAAUAAAAUUUAAAAAAAAUCUGCUAAUUCGUA